GAUAUAAAUACGAAAACCAAUACAUCAUAUUGCAUAUGAUUUAAAUACAAAAACCUAUACAGCUGGCAAUCGUGCUGAUUUUGCAACAGCUGUUUACGAUCAAUGGUUAUCACACAUAAAAUAAAUAACAGCUACUGUAGUUCUAGAUCUUAUUUUUAUACACAAUUGAGCAAGAUUGUACGGAGCCAUUAUGCACAUCUCUAAAGCCUCACUGAUUGGAGUUUGCCGUCAUGUCAGACGUACAUUUGCCACGCGAAUCGGGCAGGUGAUUGAAAACAACUCAGUAGUACGAAUAGUUGAAGUCGGUCCUAGAGAUGGUUUACAAAAUGAGCCCAAGCUCCUGCCCGCAUCAGUUAAAAUAAAUUUAAUUGAUCAACUAUCUGAUACUGGCUUAAAAACAAUAGAGGUGACUAGUUUUGUAAGUCCACGUUGGGUACCGCAAAUGGGUGACAAUGCAGAAGUGUUGCAAGGAAUAAAAAAAGUUGCAGGUGUAACAUAUCCAGUACUGACACCAAACCUUAAAGGCUUUGAAAGUGCUUUAAAAGCAGGAGCUAAUGAAGUAGCAGUCUUUACUGCGGCUUCAGAUAGUUUUUCGUUGAAAAAUGUAAAUUGUACAGCAGCCGAAAGCAUUCAACGUUUUCAACCAAUAUUCGAGGCAGCUAAGAUAGCUAAUGUACGUGUUCGUGGCUAUGUUUCAACUGUUGUUGGCUGCCCGUACGAAGGUGCUAUUAAGCCAAACGAUGUUGUUAAAGUCGCAGCUAAAUUAUAUGAAAUGGGAUGUUAUGAAAUAUCUUUGGGCGAUACUAUUGGUGUUGGAACACCAGGCACUAUGCAAAAAAUGUUGCAGGAAGUUGUAAAAGUAGUGCCCGUCGAACAAUUAGCUGUUCAUUGUCAUGACACUUAUGGCCAAGCACUAUCAAAUAUUUUAACUUCCUUGGAUUAUGGUAUUAGAGUUGUGGACUCUUCUGUUUCCGGAUUGGGAGGAUGUCCUUAUGCGCGUGGUGCUAGUGGUAAUGCAGCAACCGAAGAUGUAGUUUAUAUGUUACAUGGUAUGAAUAUCGAAACUGGUGUUGAUUUGGAAAAGUUAAUUGCUGUAGGCCGAUACAUUUGUAAUGAGUUAGGCAGGCCAACAGAGUCAAAAGUGAAUCGUGCUUGGAAGGGACCUGAAGCUAGAAAAAAAAGCCUAAAAAGUGAAUUGUAAACCUAAAUUUCUUUUACGUACCAGUAAUAUGCAUUUAUGAAAAAAUUUAUUUUUAACAAAUAUAUUUAUUAUUGAAGCAAUGUA